AGAAAUAAGUAGUUCUGUGUGUCGGCAGUGGAUUGCGAUACGGAAUUAGCGUCUGUGCUAUUUUUUGUGUCUGUGUGUGUGUGUGUGUGUGUGUAAGCCACCGUGUGAUACGUUAGAAGACUCGCACAUGUAUCAUCGGCAAUUCGUGGGAAAGGCGCCCGCAGAAACCCGCUGCAAUUGGUUGCUGCGUUGCGCCGCGUUUCUCGCUUGCACGUGGGUCGUUAGCGCACACGCCGACUCGACUUUGCACGGCGCUCCGAAAGCGUCCAGCGCAGCGGCGGCUGGGCUGCACCACAAAUGGUCCGCUGCGGACGUGGUCCGGGACCUUGAGCACAUUAAAGAAGACGUGGCAAAAAUAAUUCAGCUUCAGAGUACGGGAGAGCUGUCCACAGAAGAAAGCUACUUUUAUUAUUUUAGGAUGCACGAUUUCGACGACAACAAUUUGCUGGACAGCCACGAGCUGAAAGCGGCGAUGUUGCACAGCCUCGCCCACCGCCCUGGCGCUGAGGAGUGGUCGGUGCCCGAAGAAUCUAUCGCAGGUUACGUGGACUCCGCUUUGAAGUCGGACGCAAAUCACGACGGCUUCAUUUCGUACCCGGAAAUAAGAGCGGCCAUGUAGUCAUCUACGCACGUUGU